UUCAGUCAACAGCGAAAUUUUGCGAGUGAUGGAACACCACGUCUCUUCAGACCGGUGCCGAGAAAUAACAACAAAUAAAUAGCUAAAAGAAUAACAGUCAGACAAGGAAUAAUAGCAACGCUUGAGAGCAACAAUUGGGAAGCCCGAACCGCUAAGAAUUAAACGAUUUGCAACAAAAUUUACCCCAGCUAGUUAGUCGUUUAAUGCCACUUAGUAAUUGUUGUAUUGGUAAUUGCUAUUAUUCAGGUUAUUGUUAUUGUUGUUCUUAGCAAUUGCUUGCUUUCGAACCCAUACAUAUUAUUUGCUUUGUUUUUGUAAAUGUGCAGUGAGAGAAGUGCUAAAACAUACUCUAUACAGUAAACUAAAAACACUGACGCAGUGAAAGAGGAGAUCAAACAUUUGGGAGUGCGUCGUCCAUUUUGUCUGCUGUCCAUGUGCCUGUGUGUGUGUGUGUGUGUUUCAGCUUGUUUCCGGCCAAGUCAAUCAACAAACUCUUAUUUGUUGGCCAAAAACUCAGGACAAUAGAGCUAUUGCUGAAACUGCUGAAUUAAAGCGAAACGAAAUAAACAUAAACGCGCGCGCAACAGACGUCACGCCCCCGCCCCCUUGGCGUCUUCUUCUUCUUCUCGAGCGGAAGCAAAACAAAGAAGCCAGGACAACGCAAAAGGGAAAGGAGGAGAAUAAGGCAGGGACAAGAAGAAGAGCACGCGUAUGAGCUGAACGCCAGGAUAUAACCCCCAAAAAAACGACCAAUUUGCGCAACCAAAAGUCUUAGUAUUUAACUGCUGCUGCAAACCGAAUGACUGAUUUAUCACGUUGAGCCAAUCGUAGCGAUUACCUCCCUAGGAACUUUAUACAAGCUUACAAAAACAUAUAUAUAAUUACGUAUACGGCGGGUGUACAUGAAAGUAACUCCGAUCGCACUGGAAGCUUGCUCGUCAUUAGUAGAACGCUAAGCCGCUAGAAGUGUUCAACCGCAUCAAUUGUAUUCCGCGGCAGGUCGAGUCUAUAACCGAAAUUGUAUCUGACAGAUAGGGAAGCGAGAAGGAGAGAGCCGGGAGCGAGCGAGCGAGAGAGAGAGAGGAAUGCAGCGGUGUCCCUACAUUCAUGAGAUGCGCGAAAGACUUCUGGACCAGCCACGCGAGACUCUUCAACUGGAGAACAUGGAGCGGGCCAAUCUGCUCGACAACCGCCAAUCGGCAUCCGAAUCCAACCAGGUCGGCACUGUGGUGAAGCUGCAAGGCGAUGGCUACCACACGAGUCCUGCACACCAGCGCACCCCACUAGUGCCGCAUGAUCUCGGCGAGGACUUCAAUUUGGAUUUCGACGACGACUUCCCGAUCGACGCACGACGACCGAAAAACGCCAACGGCAAACAUCCAGCGGUUCUGACGCGCCCACAGCAAAGGACAUCGCUGUUCAUCGUGACCAGCCUGGUGUACGCGAUCCUGCUGAUCGUCGUCUGCAUCGCCUACGUAAUCAGCGAUGUAACCACCCACCGACUGCCGGUUCUGUACUACGAGACGUUCUUCACAUAUCUCUACGGCGUCAGCAUACUCUUCCUCCUCUACGUCUUCUGUUUCCUGCUGCAGGAGAGCUCCUGCUGCAACGGCGGCAACGGAGGCAGCAAACCGAAACCACAGCCCAAGGAGAAGAAGUCGAAGAAAGCCAAGAAUGCCGAUCCGGCCGAUUCGAAGGAUGCGAAGGGCUCAAAGGACUCUGGCAAGGCAGCCAAGGGCGCCGCAUAUCAGGAAGCACCCGUGGAUGCCGAAGUGGCCGUCACCCCGAAGAACGUGCGCAAGCGCAAGACAACCCACAGCGAUCUGACGCACGGCAGCUUCUUCCUGCGCGUGGGAGCCAUUGCUUUUGGACUGGGCGCCAUGAUCUACAUCGGACUGGAGUUCGGGUCGUUCUUCGAGAUACCCUUCGACUCGCCCUGCCACCACAUCCUGAUUGGCGUGAACCCCCUGCUCCAGAUGAUAUUCACCUUCAUGCAGAUGUACUUCAUAUUCAUGAACGCCCGGACUAGGCCGCCAUUUCAGCUGAACAUCCACCGCUUCAAGGUGAUCGCCCGCUUCGGCCUGAUGCACGUGGUGGCCACCAACAUCUGCGUGUGGAUCCGGACGCUGGUCAAGGAGUCGCUGCUGGAGAUCACGAUCUACCACCAGAAGAACGAGCCGGAGGCGGGCGCCUCCUCCAUUGCGCACUCGAUCCGCCAGCACGCCCUCCGACACGCGGGAACAGUGUUGAGGACCCACGCGGGUCCCAACAGCGAGUUCGAGGUGCUCGACGGCGAGGACCUCCUGCCCAAGGACGUCUACAAGAGCGACAACGUGCUGUCCAAGCUGGUCCGCAACACCGUCGAUGGUAUUUCGAAGAGCCUGGGCAUGGGUGGCGGCGACCCGGUGGUCGCUAGCAGCACCACCACCUCGACCACGAGGGCGCCGUUCACCACUCCGAACUACCAAUGGCACAGCACUACUAUGGCCCGCAAGCUGAAGAAGUUUAUCACCAGCGCCACCACCGCGGCCACCACGGCGGCGGGCAGCAGCAGCACCACCACCACCACCACCACCAUCAGUCCAACCUCCUCAGUUUCAGUUUCAGCCUCAGACUCAGCCAGUAGCAUUUUGUCAUCAAGUAGCACCACCACCUCCACCAUCUUGCCAUCGAGCACCACCUUCAGUCCAUUUAGCACCGCCACCACCACCACCACCACCGCCACCGCCGCCGCCUUGAACUCCGAGCUGACCAGCGGCAGCGAGUCGCCCUUCGGCGGCCUGCAGCGCAUCUUCUCCAGCGCCGUGCCGACGAGCCUGCCGCCAGUCGACGGGUUCGGUUCCGCUGCCACGCCCACUGCCGGAUCGGGAACGGGAUCGGGAUCGGGCUCCUUUGUGGACUCGCUCCUGGGGAGCACGUUGGGCCCGGCCAGCAGCACCGAGGGCUCCGCGAGCCUGAUCAACAACCUGUUCGGCCAGGGACCCAUGGAGAACAGCUUCCAGACGUACGCGGACCUCGGCCACGAGGAGGCCACCGGUCUGGUGAGCUUCGAGAAUUUGGAGAGCCUGGACAACAUCUACCCGGCGGCGCUGUCCUCCAACAUCGGCACACUCAACUCCACCGCCUGCGGACGCAUCGACAUAAUGGGCACCAUUGUCUAUGAUUCGGCGCCCUACCUCUAUCCGUUCAUCAUCGAGUACUCGCUGAUCGGGGCGGUGGUGUUGUAUGUGAUGUGGAAGCACAUCGGCCGCUAUCCGGGCCGGAUGAACGACGAGGACCUGGAGCACCGGCUGGAGGUGAUGCUGUCGCGGCGGGCGGUGGCCAUGGCGCAGCAGGCGCGUUCCGGGCGCGUCGACUGCGUCGGCUCGUCGAAGGGGCUCUUCUUCGGGCUCCUGCUGCUGGUCGGGGCCCUCAUCUGCCUGAUACUCUUCUUCGUCUUGGUGCGCCAUCAGCAGUUCUCGCUCUUGGCCAUUUACCUCGCCGACGCCAGCCACUGCGUCCUGAUGGCGUUCGCCAUCCUGGCCAUCAUAGUGGGAUUCAUCAGGGUCAAGAACCUGAAGUUCCGCUGCGAGGAGCAGUCCAACCUGAACGACAUCUUGCUGCGCAUCUCGGCCUUCGGCCUGUUCACCUACUCGGUGUUCAGCAUCAUCGCCGGCAGCCUGAAGGUCCUGGAGAGCGAGCCCAGCCUGCUGGUGACGACCACCGGUGGCGUGGCCGUCUUCCAGGUGAUCCUGCAGCUGCUCUUCAUCGCGGACGUCUCCCGCCGUCGCGUCCACCUGCCGGAGCACGACCGCAGCAAGCCGGGCCGCCAGAUCGUGACCUUCCUUCUCAUCUGCAACGUGGCCAUGUUCGCCAUCUACACAUUCGAAGCUCAAAAAGUAUUCGCCAAUCCUGUUCAGCUGGAGUUCUACGGCUUCGUGCCCUGGUCGAUCAUCCAGCGCAUCACACUGCCCCUGUGCAUCUUCCAUCGGUUCCACAGUGCCGUGACACUCGCCGAGAUCUGGAAGACCACCUACAAGGCACGCCUGGAGUAAGGAGGCGAUGUCGUCGAGGCCCCAAUGUCUGAAUGUCUGAAUAGGCCGACGUGGGAGAUAUGAAAUGCACCAAACCAAACCAAAUUGUAGCAAGCCCAGAACGCGAACAGAACAGAACAGAACAGAACAGAUAUAAAUCAAGUGAAGAGUUAGUUUCUAAUAACGUAUUAAACAUAUAUGCAUACCACAUAUAAUAUAUACAUUAAUGCAGAUAUGAUUACAUAUAUUUUAAAUUUCUGUUUACAAGCGAAAGAGCGAAACGAAAUGAAGAACGAUACGAACGAACCGAACCGAACCGAUCAGACCAAUCUGCACGAUUAACGAUUGCCAACCGAUAACGAUUUGUAGGUCGCUUGUUAAUUUGCCCCGCUGCUUUCCUUUUUUACUUUGUUAACUCGUGAAGAACCUAAGAUCUAAGUCAUAGCGUUUAGACAUGUUUUCAAUCUGAGUUACGUAUUUAAUUUAGUUUAGCUUAGUUUCGUUUCUAACACGCUGCAAUACCUUGUUACUAAAUCGAAGUCGAAAAAUCUAAAAUGCAAGUUAAUAUUAAUUUCGUAAUUGUUUUUAUCAUUAUCCGCUUCGGCAACCGAAACCAAAAUUGAAUCGAUUAAAAAAUUCACAUUACGAAUAAGAUUGAAAUUGUUCUGACAAAAAUGGUUGUUUACUUUUCGCGUGUUUUUUCCGCGACUGCGAAUGGGGAGGAGAGUCCCCGGAUAGAAAAACACGACACGCAUACACUGAAACACAACAAAACAGGGACACACACAAUGCAAUGCCAUGAAGAACGCGGCCACAGGAAACGGAAGCGGCAACGAAACCCGGAAAUCCGGAAACGGAAACCAAAGAACUUUCUGUUCUGAAUCAAUUUGAUCUGACUUUUCUCUCUAGCAACAACAACAACAACAACAGUAACAGCCGAACAACAACAAACUGUGAUGAAUUAAUAUGGUUUUCUGGUAUUUUAUUUAAUCGCCACCACUUCUGUUCUCAACUUGAUUUAAUUUAGUAUCCUCUUCGUUUUAUUCUCAGCCAGGCAACUCACUCACUGAGUCAACACACAACUUUUGUAAGAAUUUAGAAACCAUGGCGCUAAGACAACUUCAUGGCCAAUUGUAAAAACAAAUUCCCCGAAACACCACAACUAAAAACAAAAUAAUACAGAAAAAAAAGAGAAAAUGUAGGCAUUCAAUGGCCAAAAAUACAAAAAAACAUUUUUAAUAUACAAUAUAUAAAAGUUUAUAAAUGUCCAUUUUUUGAUUAUUAGUAGUGAUGUUAAAAGAAAAACAUAAUUAACGGUAAAAAUAAUAAUAUAUAUGUAUGUAUGUUAUAGCAAAGAAUCGGAUAAACCAAGAAAUUCUUAAGCGACACUCAAAACCACAAAAAAAAAAAGAGACAUUUUUUGAAGCAAACGAAGAACUUUCCAAGUGAAUCCCCGCAUUUAUGAACGAACAUAUUGGGCAAUGCGAAGUGGAAAACGAGAGGAGCGAUAGCAAAGUGUCGGGAGGAGAAGGGAAAACCCAUUGACAAGCAUCAAAUUGUUUACAAUUUACAAUGUUAAAAGAAUCGAACAUUUUGAAAGAUAUAUAUGCCACGUAUAUCUAUAAAUAUAUGUAUACUAACCCACCAAAUUCAAAGUAUUUCAACGUUUUAUACAAGGAGACGAUGCGCAAGACAAGAGAUCGGGACAGCUAACAACCCGUCCCCUCCAAACCAGAACCAGAACCCUAUUCCCUACUAUACCUAAGUCCCAACUUUAUCCGAUCCCGAAUAUAAACCCCAUCAGAUCCUCGAAAUCCCGCGACUUAGAUAAAGAUACCAUUUCAAAAACACAGCUGCAACUCAAGUCAGAAAGCAUCAGUUUGCUAAAGACCAAAGAAGAUAGAGACGUUACCAAUAGCGAAUCGAGCGAGUAAUUGCGAAUCCGAUUAUAAUCUAUAAUCAUAAUCCAGUCUACAAGUCUAUAUAUUGCAUGUUAACUGUAGGCGCGGGGAGUUCAAGAAGAAUACGUAUUCAAUACUCUCGUAAUCCAAUCAAAUGUAAUGUGGUAGCAAGCAUAGGUAAACCAAGCCAAAAUCGAACUAACCAUAAGUAGUUCAGCACACACUCACUCACUCACUCAGUCACUGACUCACAGUCGAUCCGUAUCCGGAUCGGAAUCAUAUAUCCAAAGUUUGCGAAUCAAAUUCAGUUUGAAACUUGUACUUGCGUAGGCUCUUAGAAAUUGUACUUGAAGUUGCAUACGCUACAUAAAUCACAUACAUAUAUUUAACUAUACAUAUAUAUAUACAUCUAUAUAUAUAUAUAUAUAUAUGAAUAUAUAUAUAAAUAAAUCUAAUUGUUUUUUCCUUAACAUUUAGUUAAACGUAAGAUCGAAUCAUAUUUUAUGCCGUACAACCGAAAAGGGAAGUGAGCAGAAAGAAAUAUUUAUUAAAUGUUUCAACUAAGUUGUAUAAUUAUAAGUGAGAGUUUACAUAAUGGAAUUAUGUAUCUGUAUCUAAGCAAGAAAAUGAAACACUGAUAUUUCGGGAAAGCGUCGAUGAAAAGAAAUGAGUUGGGAAUUCGAAAGAGUUGAAACCUUUAGACAGAAACUUAACGCACAAGAACAAAAAGAUCAACACCAAAGCAGCUGCUAAAUCCCAUGAAACGAAAAACGAACAACUUAUAUACUCGUAAGUAUAUAGACAAUUUCAAUAACUAAUAACAUAUAUACAAAGUGAAAACCAAAAAGCUAAAUUUACAAGCAUUUCAAAUACAUUUCCCAUAAUCGCAUCAACUAAACAACAAAUCAAGUAAACCAAACCAACAAUUACAAACGAAUUCAAAUGGACGAACGAUCCGAAAAAUGUCUACGAUGAAUGAAUAUUAUUAAUUAUAAAUUAUGGAUGUGUGCGAACGCAUAUGCUCACAGACAGAAAAUACAACAAAAACCAAAAAUUGUAAGCAAUUUUUUAACCAUUGUCGCAUUUAAGAUACAAAAACGAGAACGGAUACAAAAUUCAAACAUUUCCAAGCGCGAAAUCCUUUUGUUAGAACACACACACACACAAGCUCAUACGACACACCUGAACACCUUAACACACCACACCCACACACCCACACACCCACACUAACCCAUACACUGACAUCUGCUCAAUAUUGAGUUCAUUGCAUAACGAAUACAAAUUAAAACCAAAAAGAAGUACAGAGUUGAUGGUAAACGAAGUAAAGAUGGCAUACAAGUAAUUUUAAAUUGAAUAAAAAUUAGUAUUAAUUAUGUACAACAAAAA